GGCUGCGGGAGAAGAUGGCGGUCUCCAAAGGAGUUAAAGUUCCUCGUAAUUUUCGCUUGUUGGAAGAACUUGAAGAAGGACAAAAAGGAGUAGGCGAUGGUACGGUUAGCUGGGGCCUUGAAGAUGAUGAAGAUAUGACCCUUACAAGGUGGAGAGGCAUAAUUAUUGGGCCACCAAGGACAAAUUAUGAGAACAGAAUAUAUAGCCUGAAAGUAGAAUGUGGACCUAAACACCCAGAAGUUCCUCCAUCAGUGAGAUUUGUAACAAAAAUUAAUAUGAAUGGGAUAAAUAAUUCCAGUGGAAUGGUGGAUGCACGGAGCAUACCAGUAUUAGCAAAAUUGCAAAAUUCAUAUAGCAUUAAAGUUGUAUUUCAAGAGCUAAGACGUCUAAUGAUGUCCAAAGAAAAUAUGAAGCUUCCACAGCCACCAGAAGGACAAACAUACAACAAUUAAUUUUAAUGGAUCUCAAACUUGUUUUAAAUCAACAACCUUCUACUCAUAUUAAUGUCUUGAUUAAAUACCACAAUGCAGAAUACCCACACAUUCAGUAAAGAAUUCCAGCUGGUAUAUGUGACCCAGACAUUUGUAAUAUAUUUAAUAUAUGUACACCCAUUAUGUUUUCAGGUAACGGGAGGAAAAAUGCAGCACAAUUUUUCUUUCUCUUGUUGAGGCACUGUCAUUUAAACAUAAACCUGGAGUGCUCCAAGUAGGAUUCGGGUUUACAAGACGCAAGCGUGGCAAGAAGUGUUAGAUGGCAGUGGAAAUGUGUGUUUCUGAAAAGUAAAAAUCCCAAGAAGGACAAAAAGAAAUGGCAUGCUUUAUCCAUCUUGCUUAGUGAAAGAGCUGCAGUUGAAAUUGUUUAAAGUAGCAGGUACAAUGAAUAUUGUCACAAACUGUGUUAAAUUUUAAAGCGAUGUUGGU